UUAUUAUUUAUUUAUCUACCUGUUCAGUGGCCUAGUGGUUAGAGUGUCCACCCUGGAUCGUGAGUUCAAACCCGGGCCGAGUCAAGCCAAAGACUAUAAAAAUGGGACCCAUUGCCUCCCUGCUUGGCACUCACCGCUGCUGCUCACUGCUCCCCUCACUCAAAGGGGAUGGGUCAAAUGCAGAGUUUAAUUUCACCACACCUAGUUUAAUUGUGUGACUAUCAUUGGUACUUAAACGCAUUUUUUGUGUUCCCCUUUAUUUAGAAAUGUACCAGAAAAUAUCAAAAUAAUUGUGGUCCAAAUACUGGUAUUGGGACAACACUAGCACCAAUUUUCACACUAUAUUCCCCCAAAGUUGUCUCAUUAUGCCAGUUUUGCAUUAAAGAACAAGGACUCCUGCUGAGUGAAUCACAAGGAAAACAUUAUUAUUAUUUAUUUUUUUGGUGGGCUGCGUGAAAAAAAAGACUUUGCAGCAGCACGGCCGCAAGAGGUUCUGGCACGCGCUGUACAUUUGCAUGUGAAUGACGUCGUGACAAUGGCAGGCUUCUCCACGCACGCACCCACGCAACGGGGGCCCACAGAUGGCCGCGUCCACACCUGCUCUUCACUGAUGGUUAAAAAAAACCUUGACAUAGUUUUUAUUUCUUUAGCAAUCAUAAUAUGCAUGUAUAUUACUGCACAUGCGCAAUCUUGAAAGAAGCAUUUCUAUAUAUAAAUAUAUGCAGAAACGAGGUUAUUUUUAGCACGGCAAAGGGGAGAGAAGGGGGGGUUGACCCCAUCAAUCUGCCACGGGCCAGAAGUGUGACAAUGGUAUCAUCUUAUUAUCAUACCAAUACACCGAGGACCCCCGGCAGCCAAUCAGAACGCCGCUCUUGCACGAGCGGCUCUCUAUAAAAAGAGCCGACGACCCCCGGAUGAGGACACUUCUCUCUUCCCAGCCGUCACGGAUCUUACUUACACUCGCCGCUUCUCACCACGCUCGUCACCAAACAUGACUCUUGAGGAAGUUGUGAGCCAGAAAAGCCAGAAAAGCACCGGGACCGCCCUGGAGGACGUGCUGGUGAGCGCCAAAGAGAACGACUCGCUCACCGUGGGCGUCUACGAGUGCGCCAAAGUGAUGAAUCUUGACCCUGAUAGUGUGGCGUUCUGCGUGCUGGCCACGGACGAGGAGUUCGAGCGUGAUAUCGCCCUGCAAAUCCACUUCACCCUCAUCCAGUCCUUCUGCUUCGAUAACGACAUCAGUAUCGUCCGUGUGAUCGACACGCAGCGUCUGGUCGACCUUGUCUCCGGCGAGUCCGCGCAGCUUGAAGACGCUCAUUGUGUCCUCGUCACGAACCCAGCCGAUGGUUCUUGGGAGGACCCCGCUCUGGAGAAACUGCACCUGUUCUGCCAGGAGAGCCGGCGUCUGAACGACUGGGUCCCCGAGAUCAGCCUCCCCGGGCGCUGAUGCGGGGGAUUCUAAGAUGCUCUCAAGCUUCUCAUCUGGGAAAAUAUUCACCCUGGUGGUCAGGACGAGCCUGUUCCUGCUGCACAUCCCUGGAUGCUCCUGAGGAGGAUUCUCCCAUCCGGGCCGCACGGCGCCGGCCCGUUGGGGGGCCCCCGUGGCACCGUCGCCUCUUGUCCCGUCCAUGCCAAGAUGACUCUCAUUCUUUGUGUGAAUGAGGUCAGGCAUGCCUCAAGAGCGACACAAGGACCCUCAUUCUUUGUGCGGAUGAGGUUUGGAAACAAAGGAGAAGCACGCGCAGCUGGAGAAGAAGCGGUGCUGAGGAGGAGGACUUGUUGAAAAGGACUUUUUAACCAUGGCCUCCUGGCUGAGCGACAUGACAACAGUUGCAAUCGGCGCAAACUUUCCCCACUUUCCAGAAUGGUCCUAAUUCUCUAAAGGUUUCACUUUAGAAAUUUCACAACAACAACAACAAAAAAUCACUUCAGAAAUAUUGAAAAAAAAAAAAGAAACUGUGCCUAAUCUCUAAA